CUUGCCAGCCGAGCGCCCGGCCGAGCUGCCCCGCUACUCCCGCCUCAAGAACUGGCAGACGGGCGCCAUUCUCUACGACACGCUCAGUGCCCAGGCCAGGCAGGAGGUGCCAUGCAGUGCCCGGCGCUGCCUGGGCUCCGCCAUGGUUCCGAAACAGAUGCUCUGCGGCCCGGAGGGCGAUCGCUCUGAGGAUCAGCUGCUCAGCCUGGCACGGGACUUCAUUACCCUCUACUACAGCUCCAUGAAGCGGGCCGAGUCCCAGGCUCACCACCAGCGGCUCCAGGAGGUGAACAACCAGAUCCUCGACACCGGCACGUACCGCCUUCUGGAGGCCGAGCUGGUCUUCGGGGCCAAGCACGCCUGGCGCAACGCCGCCCGUUGCCUGGGUCGCAUCCAGUGGAACAAGCUGCAGGUCUUCGAUGCCCGAGACAUCACCAGCACCCAGGAAAUGUUCACCUCCCUCUGUACCCACAUCAACUACGCCACCAACCGCGGGAACCUCCGGUCGGCCAUCACCAUCUUCCCCCCGCGGGCGGCUGGGCGAGGGGACUUCCGGAUCUGGAACCCGCAGCUCAUCCGCUACGCCGGGUACAAGCAGCCGGACGGGGCCGUCCUGGGCGAUCCGGCCAAUGUGGAGAUCACUGAG